CAUCAACUUUGAAAAACUUUUUGGCUUCUUUUCCUUUGGUUAAACAAAAAGACGUUCAGUCAUUAUAGAAUAUAGCACCCAGGAAAUGAGUUUAGCGUCACGAUGGGAUUCACGGCAUGAUUCGCUGAAUACUGGCCAUGAUGUUGACUUGACUGAUGCUAUAGCUUCGUCGAACACAAUUACAGCAUACACUGCCACAAACAACAGUCUGAUGGAGCGACCCGCUUUUCAAUCUCCGAGUGGAACUGAAUGCACUAAGAAAGAUAAAGGGAAAGGUACUACCAAUCUACCACAAGGGAACAGUGGAAGCAUAAUCACGGCAAAUAGUAUUGAUUCAGAAGAAAAGUUCAGGGAAAAGAUAGGCGAUUCCAUACUGCCAGUUUUCCCCAGCCUGAAGAGUAUGAAAAGCAAUCGAAAAAAACAGAUCAUUAAUGCAAGAACAAGAAAGGAGAAAAAAAUAAAGUCUUCUUUUAUGGGAGUCUAUGUGGGUCUAUUAACCGCUGUUGGGGGAUUUUUGUACGGAUAUGACACGGGCGUUACCAAUGGGCUACUUGAAAUGGAUUUUGUGAAACAAAACUUUAGUAAAAACGGGAUCAACUUCAAUUCAGGAGAGAAGGCGAUUCUCACUUCAAUCAUAUCUUUAGGCACCAUUUUAGGAUCACUAUUAUCUCCCUACAUAUCGGAUAACUAUGGCAGACGUUUCUGUCUGGUAUGGGCUUUGAUCACAUUUUUCUGCAUAGGUAUAAUACUACAGGUGAGUCAUGCCUCGUUUGCGCUUUUACUUUCCGGCAGAUUUAUCAACGGUAUUGCGGUAGGUAUAAUAUCAUCGGUUAUACCGCUAUUUCAGGCUGAGGUAUCUCCGAGAUGGAUCAGAGGUUCGAUUAUCUCGUUUUAUCAAUGGGCAAUUACUUGGGGUCUUUUAGUUUCAAGUGCAAUAUCACAAGGUACAAGACACAUAGACGAUGAUAGAUGUUACAGGAUUCCAAUUGGAUUGCAAUUUGUAUGGUGUGGAAUCUUAACUAUAGGAUUGAUUUCAUUACCGGAGUCACCUAGAUUUUACGUCAUGCAUGAUGACAUUGAUGGAGCCAUCAUAUCUUUGUCGAGGCUUAGACGUCUCAACAUAGAUGAUACAGAAUUGGUAGAAGAGUUGAUAGAAAUAAAAGCUUCGCAUGAUUACGAAACAAGUGAUGGCGCAACAAGUUACUUGGACUGUUUCCGAAGCUCACCGAGUAGGGUUCAUCAAGUUACUAGAAUGUUGACCGGAAUAUCUUUGCAGACAUUUCAACAAUGUUCCGGUAUCAACUUCAUUUUCUACUACGGUGUGAACUUUUUUGUUGCUACAGGUAUCCAGGAAUCAUACUUGAUGUCGUUUGUGACGUAUGCCGUGAAUGUUGCCUUUACUAUUCCGGGCAUACUUUUCGUUGAUAAGAUUGGCCGACGAAAGUUAUUGAUCUUCGGAGGUAUUGGCAUGAUUAUCUCCAACUAUAUUAUUGCCAUUGUUGGUUUAUUUGCAGAUACUGUCGUUAUGAACAAGGUAAUGCUCACAUUUGUUUGCACCUUUAUAGCUUGUUUUGCCUCUUCAUGGGGACCAGUUGUAUGGGUUGUGACAGGCGAGUUGUAUAGUCUAUCGAUUCGACAGAAAGCUGUUUCAUUAUCAGCUAGCACCAAUUGGAUUGUUAAUUUUGUGUUUGCAUAUUCAACACCAUAUUUGAUUGAUCCAGGUAAUCAUGUUGCUGCAUUGGGAACAAAGAUUUUUUUCAUGUGGGGCUCAUUCAAUGUUUUGGGUUUGAUAGUCACAAUUUUCUUUGUUUAUGAAACGAAGGGGUUAAUGUUAGAAGAAAUUGAUGAGCUCUACAGGACGUGUUCCUCAGCUUUAAAAUCUGGCAAAUAUAACAAAGAAAUCCAAUCAAUGAGUAAAAUGAACCAAGAAAAAUUUGAGUCGUCUGACCAGCAACGUCCUGAAACUGGUACAUUGGUAAAUGCCAGUGGUAAUGAUAUUGGAGACACUAACAAUUCCAUUGAAAUGGUACCAGCGGCUAUAACUAGAAUUAGAACAGAUAUAACAUACAGUGACGACUCUGAAGCCGGUCUCAGCCAAAACCGGUCAAAUGAUUCAAAUGGUUUGACACCAAUGGAAUAUUUGAGCAGGUGGGAACAACAAAAUCAACGUGCUAACAUUCUUUCUGAUAAUAUUAUAACCAGACAGGAUGUACUACCAUUGUCCGACAGUGAUGAUGAUAUCAGUAAUGGAAGCUCGCAAAGUUCUCAUGACAGAAACUUUCUUUUCGAUCACGGCUUAUAUGGAGACGACCCAAAUCGUGCUUUUAGACAGAUGGAAGCGGAGGGUGCAGAAGAUGGAGGAGCAGAGAUAGGAAGAGGGGCAGAUCACGAUGAAGAACAAUACAGACGGAAUCUAAGAGAAAUUGUUCAAGAAGUUAGUGAACAAACAGGUAUUAACAUCAAUCUACGCGGUGUAGAUGAAGAUGGAGAGAACACAGGUCAUACUACGGAUAUUGUGUGAAUUUUCUCUGUAGGUUGAAUCAGGUAUCAGCCAUCAAAUAUAAAAUAUAAAAUAGUUUGUAAAGUGUAUAAUAUAUAGUAUUAAUGAUAAUGAUUAUGAC